AUGUUCCCGUUGCGUCGCGUUGGUAACAAGAUCCUGGAGCAAUGGCGGGCGCCGAUUGCAGCCGCCAUAAAACCUCAGAGAAAUUACAGCUCAGAAGCGACACCACGGCCUUUGACCAUGUUAACCGAGGAUGAGCUGGCCAUGAAGGAAACAAUUAGGAAACUAGCCACUGAACAGAUCGCGCCUUUAGUGAAGAAAAUGGAAGACGAGCAUAAAAUCGAUGACAGUAUUAGACAGAUGCUGUUCGAUAAUGGACUAAUGGGCAUAGAAACACCGGCUGAAUACAGCGGCUCUGGCUGCGGUUUCCUCACUAUGAUGCUGGUGGUGGAAGAGUUGUCCAGGGUCGACCCUGCGGUGGCCGCGUAUGUGGACAUACACAACACCCUGGUCAACUCGCUGUUCAUGAAACUUGGCACGGAGGAGCAGAAGAAAAAGUAUUUGACUAAACUUUGCACUGAAUACGCUGGCAGUUUCUGCUUGACCGAGCCCACGUCGGGUUCAGACGCGUUCGCGCUGAAGACGGUCGCGAAGAAAGAGGGCAACCACUACAUCAUCAACGGCUCCAAAAUGUGGAUCUCCAACUCGGAUGUCGCCGGUGUCUUCUUAGUUAUGGCUAAUGCCGAUCCUAGCAAGGGCUACAAAGGCAUCACGUGUUUCAUAGUAGAUCGCGAUACUCCGGGACUGAGUGUGGCGAAGCCCGAGAACAAGCUCGGUAUCCGGGCCUCCGGCACCUGUAUGGUACAUUUCGACAACGUCAAAGUACCCGAGGAGAAUAUCCUCGGAGAGUAUGGAAAGGGGUACAAAUACGCGGCUGGUUUCCUGAACGAGGGUCGUAUUGGUAUCGCGGCCCAAAUGAUCGGUCUUUGCCAGGGUUGUAUGGACGCGACCAUCCCGUACACGCUGGAUAGGAAACAAUUCGGCAAAAGCAUCUACUCGUUCCAGGGUAUUAGCUACCAAAUAGCCCAUUUGCAAACACAACUGGAAGCCGCACGCCUUCUAACAUACAACGCCGCCAGGCUAAAGGAACAUGGUCAAGAAUUCGUCAAAGAAGCGGCAAUGGCUAAAUAUUUCGCAUCAGAAAUUGCUCAAACCCUAACCUCGAAAUGCAUAGACUUCAUGGGCGGAGUUGGCUUCACAAGAGAUUUCCCACAAGAGAAAUUCUUUAGGGACGCUAAAAUCGGCACCAUCUACGAAGGCACCAGCAACAUGCAACUACAAACCAUCGCUAAACUCAUCGAGAGAGAAUAUAAACAGUAA